AUGGCUUGUGCAUGACGUGAAUACGCUCAUGCUUGCCGUUGCACAGUUUCGCUCAAUUCUCUUGAGCCUAGGACACUUGGACUAUAAACAGAACACUCACCUCUUUCAUGUACAUUUGGAGUUAUGGAUAAGUUUUCUAAAGCUUCUUGAUAUGUUGAAAAAGGAUACAAACCUGGUGCCGCUGGUGAACUCAGUCCUCAACCUAGAGCCUACGAGUGCUUUAGAUGCCUACGGUUACUUUCUCGAUAUCUGUCUGGAAAAUUUGGCCUCUCUCCAUUCCGUGGUACGUGAGUUGAGUGAAACGGGUCACAAGUUUUCCUUCUUCAGUUACAGUCAUCAACUUCUGGAUGCGCAUGCAUAUCCUACUUGUGGAUUCUACUUAUCCGGUAUUCCGAAAAGGUUUCUUUUGGAUUAUCUGAAGGCUCGGUAUAUCUCGCACAUUUCCACGCCUUGUCCUACAACUCACCCGCAUUUGCCUGAGGUUCACUCUGGUUGGUUCAAAUAUUUGCACGGUAAACUCACAAAACUUGCUGUACCGAAAAAAACCUGUAUUUAUGCUCCCAACACGCUUGAACGUCUUCGCCCUGAUGUAUACCUGACGGUUGAGACUGAGAGAAGUGGUCAGUCAACUUGGUCACUUUACUGGUCGUUGUUGGCUUUCACUGCACCGUUGCACUCCAUGUACAUGAAUUUCCAAAAUGGAAGUGAGGUCCCCAAAGGUUUACUACAGAAGUUCUCUGUAGUUAUAUGGCUUAUUCGGAAACAAUUCCUUGGGGAGUCAACGCUUUCGGAAAAAGAUGCCCAUACCUCACUGAAGUCCCUACUUCAAUUGAUCGAGGUUUGGGGCUCAAACAUCGAAGUUGUUCGCCUGUUGUGGCUAUACUUUUCUCGCAAGCUGGAUCAUGGACUCCUGCCCAUCGGUGAACAGAAGUCAGCUGGACCCUCAUCAAACCAAUCAGGUAUCAGACUCACCGGUUUCGAACUCUUUUGUUCGGUUAUUCGCACAACACCAACAACGGAACUAAAUGAGCUUCGAGGAAUCCUGAAGUUCCAGUUACGGUCACUUACCCGCCAAGCGUUGUCUCUAUACUUCCUCCUCUUGGGACACCUUUUCGAUGAGCAUCUCUCCGGGGGGAGAGAAAAAGCCGCCGAACUUCCCCGAUCCUUUGCAACCUUGGUAGAUAUAGUUUCUGACCAGUUCCCUGCGGACGUGUCUGCGCAGGAAACGCAGAAUUGGGACAAUGGGCGACGCUGUGCGGCCUUACAAGGAAUACAUCACCUCGUUCUACUCUGUGUUUAUUACUGGACCACAGGGGUUACCUCGAAGCUUAUGGUGCACUCAGAAAUGAAUGAAAGUUUCCUACGUUUGAUUGGUAUCUCCACAGCUCUUCGACAUAGUCUGCUAUCGAGCGGUACUUCCACAUUGAAACCCAAUGAAUUGGGAGGCAAUACAUCUCGUGCGCAUCAUAUGUAUGCUCUGGGUUGGCGCAUGGAAUUGGUUAACUCACUUGUUAAUUUUGGUCUGGAUUUGAUGGAACUGGUCGAAUCGCAAGUUUGUACGCAAGAGGUGGGCCUAGCCGUCCUUACAAAGUGUCUCGACGACUCACUUUUUCGUGCUGCAGGUUGGCCUGACCACGUUCAGUGGAGCACAUAUGUUAAACGGCUUGUCUUCUACGUAUCCAGGUCAUCCGGUGAAAAUACUUAUCUACGAGAUCUCCUUUGGACGGUUCUGUGUCCUGCAUUCAAGGAAUAUAUCGAACGAAAGAAAGAUCACCCGAGGAGAUUGUCCGAAUCAAUAGUACGAGAGCUCUCUGCUCUAGCCUUCGAUUUUGUCCACCUGUCACUCCUGGAUUUGGUGGUCAAGGCUAAUAACAACGUAUCACGCGGCACUGAGCAUCCUUUGGAUCUUCUUGAGUUUUUUGCAUUGGAUCCAAGAGUGGAGUUUACUGUGCGCUUUGCUUUUGUGGGAAUUUGCUUUGCCGCUCCUGACUCGCUUAAGGCGAUCCUUCAGUCUGUUACACUGUUUGAUUCGGACGUCCAAGGUGCCGCUUGGCGCUUGCUUACCCUCUGGCUCGCCUACUGUCUUUUGGUUCGACCGGCAAUGGAGGAUCGAGCACAAAAUCAUUUAAAUUCUUUUGAACAUCUGUCAGCCGUCGGUAGCCAGAUGUCAACUUACUUCCCAACUGAUUUGGCCGGCCUUUUCGGGGACGUUGAUGCUGAAAUGACAUUGUUAAACCUCGGGGCCAAAUUCGAUCAACUCGAUACUUUUCAAUCCAAGAUGGUCUACAAGUCCCGAGUUGUCACACACCUCGCCAAGUUGUGCUCAUUCAUGUGCAACUGUUGCUCACCCUCUAGCACCGCCAAAGACGAGAUGGCCGGUUUGGAAUACUGUCAAAUUCCUGGAAUUACCCAAGAAACUUUGUGUUCUACGAGCUAUAGGGCCGUAUCCUUACUCAUCCGUCACUGUUCUUCACUGCUCUACUCAACUGUGGUAACAAGCGGAAUGAACUCUUCUCCUUUGGAGCAACUAAUCAAUAACUUCGUGCUGCCCAGGCAGCUAUAUGAAUGGGACAAAUUGCUUUGCAAGACUGUCCCCAGUCUGGACGGUAAUCCGCUACAAACGAUUGUGACAGAGUGCAUGAAAGAUCAGUUGUCUGAGGCAACAAUAAGCUAUCGAUUCUUUACUACACAGUUCACAAUGGGCCUCGCACAACUAUCCUGGCGAAGUGACGCGUACAUUGGCCGAGUACUUCGGGAUGUGAUCAAACUAUAUUACAUCCAUUUAGACGGUGAAUGCGUUGCAAGCGCCGUUCUGAAUAGUCCUACAGCCGAUUUUCGUGCCCAUCUGCUUCAUUUGUCUAUGCAAGAGGCCGUGAACGAAGAAACUGCAUCGGAGGUAGAACUGCAGCGCGAUCAAGGUUCGGAUUAUCGAAAACGGAAAGCGUUGACAAAGUGGUUAAAAUUUGGCAAGUUAGUGCACGAAGGGACACAUUCGCUUGAGGGACUGCAAAGGGAUGCCCCGUUUAUCAUUGCACCAAUUUCGCUCUUUAUGAAAGAAUCUGACUUCGAGGAAUGGGCAACACGCGACAUCCGGAUGGAAUGCAGCCUUCUUCUGGAUACCUACCGCCAAGCAGUCAGUGUAAUCAGCGCUACAGAAGUCAGGAAGAAUAUCAUAGAACAAACUGAAAUUAUCGGCCGAUCUCGCCCAUCCCUGUCUGGUUUAUGUACUUUUCUUGGAAUAAAACCGU